AUGGGUUUCGAAGAAGACGAUCGCAAAACAUUUAGCAUCAUUGGAGAGGCUGGAGGAUACUUUAGAGAGAUUAAUCUCGGAAAGCGUCAAGACAUACACUCUAGGGCACGUGUGUGCUCUUAUGUUCCAAGCUUAGCGCAAAUCAGGCAACCUGCUGCAGGAGGCAAAAGGAAACAGCAAAGCGACGUUGAAAAACAUCAAUAUGAUCAAAACAUAUCUAAAAUUAUCGAUUUUCAAAAGCGCUUCAAGUACUGGUAA